AUUCAUCUCUUUCUCUCUCUAUAUACAUACACACACAUAAAUACAGGGAGAGGGAGAAUCGAAGAGAGAAUUGGAAACUGCAGAAGAAGAAGAGGAGCAAAGAACAAUGGGGGCUUACAGACCGGAAGACGAUUACGACUACUUGUUCAAGGUGGUGCUGAUCGGCGACUCCGGCGUCGGAAAAUCCAACCUUCUCUCCAGGUUCACCCGCGACGAAUUCAGCCUGGAGUCCAAGUCCACCAUCGGCGUCGAGUUCGCCACUCGAACCAUCCACGUAGCAGACAAGGUCGUCAAAGCCCAGAUUUGGGACACCGCCGGACAAGAACGAUACCGUGCAAUCACCAGCGCAUAUUACCGGGGAGCUGUCGGCGCAUUGCUCGUGUACGAUGUGACGCGUCAAACAACCUUGGAAAACGCGGCGAGAUGGUUGAAGGAGCUCCGCGACCACACGGAUUCCGGCAUUGUUAUAAUGCUGGUGGGAAACAAAGCAGACCUGCGGCACCUGCGGGCUGUCAGCGUUGAAGAAGCGAAGGAAUUUGCGGAGAAAGAGAGCAUCUUUUUCAUGGAAACCUCGGCGCUGGAAUCCAUGAAUGUUGAAAGCGCCUUCACGGAAGUGCUGGCUCAGAUACACGGCGUUGUUAGCAGGGCAAGUCUUGAGGGAGGCGACAGCCCGGCAUCGUUGCCUAAGGGACAGAGCAUUAACGUUGGGAGUAAGGAUGAUGUUUCGGCGGUUAAGAAUCCUGGCUGCUGCUCUGCUUAGCUUAGCUUAGAACAAUCGCCAUUUCAAUGGCCGGCCAGCAUAUUAUUUUGUGCAGCCCAUUACCAAAAUAUUAUUUAUUUUGUGGUUUGGUUUUCAGUGUAGUAUUAUUAUUAGGUGGUUAAGUACAUCCUAGUACUAGGAUAAUAUAAAUAUAUACUGAGUUGAGAUUUGAGAAUGAGUUUGAAUUUGUAUGAACUAUGAAGGUGUGUUUUGUUUUAUUGCGAAA